UGCUACAGCUCUCUCUCUCUCUCUCUCUCUCUCUCUCUCUUUCCUGAAGCUGCUGCCAAAUCCAAAGCUCCCAACAGAUGUCUCAGUUGGACUUUAACAAAAGCAUUUCCCAGUUGCCACCUCCACCUCCCUCGUAGUCAGCGCCCUCCUCCACAUCAUUCUAUCUCAAUUCUCAAGCGCAGAGAGAAAAAGUGAAGAACGAGAAGGAAAAGCGCAACUGUUCAAUCGCUGCGUGGAAGCCUGGAAGAUAGAGUUUGGAGCAGACAUGGGGACCGGACGGAGACAGUUGAAGAUUAUGCUUUGGAAGAAUUGGCUUCUCAAAGUUCGUCACCCUUUCGUCACCUGCGCUGAGAUAUUACUCCCCACAGUAGUAAUGUUGUUGUUAAUAGCUAUAAGGAUGCGUGUCGAUACACAGAUUCACCCAUCGCAGCCGUAUAUCCGGAAAGGGAUGUUUGUGGAAGUGGGCAAAGGAAUAUCACCUAACUUUGAACAAGUUUUGGAAUUACUGUUGAAUAAGGAAGAGUUUCUGGCUUUUGCACCAGACACUGAAGAAACAAGGUCAAUGAUUAACAUAAUAUCGGUUAAAUUUCCCCUCCUGAAGAAUGUAUCUAGAGUUUACAAAGAUGAACAGGAGCUGGAAACCUAUAUAGGCUCAGAUCUCUAUGGUACCUGCAAUCAAAUAAUGAAUUGCUCGAAUCCAAAAAUCAAAGGAGCAGUAGUAUUUCAUGACCAAGGUCCCCAAUCUUUUGAUUAUAGCAUACGUCUCAAUCACACAUGGGCUUUCUCAGGAUUUCCUAACGUUAAAUCCAUCAUGGACACAAAUGGUCCCUACCUUAAUGACUUGGAACUGGGCAUAAAUACGGUACCGACAAUGCAAUACAGCUUCAGCGGUUUCUUAACUCUCCAGCAAGUUUUGGAUUCCUUUAUAAUUUUUGCGGCCCAGCAAUCUGACACCAAAAAUAUAGAACUUCCUUCAUCUUUGCCCUCUGGCGAACCUUCCUCUCUUAAAGUGCCAUGGACGAGUUAUGGUCCGUCAAACAUUCGAAUAGUCCCAUUUCCAACUCGUGAAUACACUGAUGAUGAGUUCCAGUCCAUCAUAAAAAGUGUCAUGGGUGUAUUGUAUCUUUUGGGAUUUCUCUACCCAAUUUCUCGGUUGAUCAGCUAUUCUGUGUUUGAGAAGGAACAGAAGAUAAGAGAAGGUCUUUAUAUGAUGGGGCUGGAAGAUGGGAUAUUCCAUCUCUCAUGGUUUAUUGCAUAUGCUUUGCAGUUUGCAGUUUCUUCUGCAAUUAUUACGGUUUGCACUAUGGAUAAUCUUUUCAAGUACAGUGAUAAGACAGUGGUGUUCAUUUACUUCUUCUUCUUUGGACUAAGUGCAAUUAUGCUGUCAUUUUUAAUCUCUACAUUCUUCACAAGAGCGAAGACAGCUGUUGCUGUUGGGACCCUUACUUUUCUUGGUGCUUUUUUUCCUUACUACUCUGUCAAUGAUGAGGGUGUGCCUAUGACAUUAAAAGUAGUUGCGUCUUUGCUUUCACCAACGGCCUUUGCUUUAGGAUCAAUUAACUUUGCUGAUUAUGAGCGUGCUCAUGUUGGCCUUCGUUGGAGCAACAUAUGGCGCGCAUCAUCUGGCGUGAAUUUUUUGGUCUGUCUAUUGAUGAUGUUGCUCGAUGCGUUGCUCUACUGUUUAAUUGGUCUGUAUCUGGACAAGGUCCUUCCCAGGGAGAAUGGAGUUAGAUAUCCAUGGAACUUCAUUUUCCACAAGCGCUUUUGGAAAAAUCCAAGUAUUAACAAACAUCUCAAUCACAAUUCCGGUGUAGAAGUUAAUAGCCAUGACAGUGUUUCCAAGAAGGCAAGCUUUUCUGGGAAAGAUAAUGUUAAAGCGGCUGUUGAAGCGAUAACAUUUGAUAUGAAACAACAAGAGCUUGACCAUAGGUGCAUCAAGAUAAGAAAUCUGCACAAGGUAUAUGGCAGUAAAAAAGGGAAAUGUUGUGCUGUUAACUCAUUACAGCUCACCAUGUAUGAAAAUCAGAUUCUUGCACUUCUAGGACACAAUGGAGCUGGUAAAAGCACAACGAUAUCGAUGCUUGUCGGCCUUCUUCGCCCUACUUCAGGGGAUGCUUUGGUGUUUGGGAAGAAUAUUAUAACCGAAAUGGAGGAGAUACGGAAGGAAUUAGGGGUAUGCCCUCAAAAUGAUAUCCUUUUUCCAGAAUUAACGGUGAGGGAGCAUUUGGAAAUAUUUGCUAUAUUGAAAGGUGUGAAGGAAGAUUUUGUAAACAGCGCUGUUGUUGAUAUGGGUGAUCAAGUAGGUUUGGCUGAUAAAAUGAACACGGCUGUGAAUGCUCUGUCUGGAGGCAUGAAGAGGAAAUUGUCUCUUGGAAUUGCACUGAUAGGAAAUAGUAAGGUUAUAAUUUUGGAUGAACCGACUAGUGGAAUGGAUCCGUACUCUAUGCGCUUGACAUGGCAAUUAAUAAAAAAGAUUAGAAAGGGCAGGAUAGUAUUACUGACCACACACUCAAUGGAUGAAGCAGAAGUACUUGGAGAUCGUAUAGCUAUCAUGGCCAAUGGCUCUUUGAAAUGCUGCGGAAGUUCCCUUUUCUUGAAGCAUAAGUACGGGGUUGGUUAUACUCUAACUUUAGUGAAGUCUGCACCCACUGCCUCUGUUGCUGCUGACAUUGUUUUCCGCCAUAUCCCAUCAGCAACAUGUGUGAGCGAGGUUGGAACUGAGAUUUCGUUUAAGCUUCCUUUGGCAUCCUCGUCGUCCUUUGAAAGUAUGUUUAGGGAAAUUGAGAGUUGCAUGAAAAGACCCAUGUCCAACUUAGAAACAAGUUCUGGUGAGGACUAUUUGGGCAUUGAAAGUUAUGGUAUUUCUGUUACAACUUUGGAGGAGGUAUUCCUGAGGGUUGCGGGGUGUGACUAUGUUGAAGCUGCUUGUUUUGACAAGAAGACUGAUCUAGGGAUUCCUGAUUCUGUAAUUUGUCAGACUAAUGAUCCUGUGCCCAAAAAGAUCUUUCACUCAAAAAAAUCUUUUGGAUAUUAUAAGGAGAUUCUCGGGGUCUUAUUUACAAUAGUGGGAAGAGCUUGUGGUUUGAUUUUUGCUACAGUUUUAAGUUUCUUAAACUUCAUCAGUGUGCAAUGUUGUUGCUGUGGUAUCAUUUCAAGGUCAACAUUUUGGCGACAUUCUAAAGCAUUGUUCAUAAAGAGGGCAAUAUCUGCUCGCAGAGACCAGAAAACAAUUGUUUUCCAGCUUGUUAUUCCUGCAGUUUUCUUAUUUUUUGGUCUUCUAUUUCUCAAGCUCAAGCCACAUCCUGAUCAACUGUCUGUUACAUUUACAACUUCGCAUUUUAAUCCACUAUUACGUGGUGGUGGUGGUGGUCCAAUCCCUUUUGAUUUAUCCUGGCCUAUUGCAAAGGAGGUUGCACAGUAUGUUGAAGGGGGUUGGAUACAAAACUUCAAACCUGGUGCAUAUAAAUUCCCUAAUGCAGAGAAGGCAUUGGAUGAUGCAAUUGAGGCAGCAGGGCCAACCCUGGGACCUGUUUUACUUUCAAUGAGCGAAUUUUUAAUGUCUAGCUUUAAUGAAUCUUACCAGUCAAGGUAUGGGGCAAUUGUGAUGGAUGAUCAGAAUGAUGAUGGAAGUUUAGGGUACACUGUGCUACACAACAGUUCCUGUCAGCAUGCUGCCCCAACAUUUAUCAAUUUAAUGAAUGCUGCAAUUCUUAGGCUUGCUGCUCAUAAUAAGAAUAUGACAAUUCAAACACGUAAUCACCCUCUGCCAAUGACAAAAAGCCAACAUCUGCAACACCAUGAUUUGGAUGCAUUCUCUGCUGCAGUUAUUGUUAGCAUUGCCUUCUCCUUCAUUCCUGCGUCAUUUGCCGUUUCUAUUGUGAAGGAACGUGAAGUAAAAGCUAAACACCAGCAACUGAUUAGUGGGGUUUCUAUACUUUCAUACUGGGCUUCUACUUACAUAUGGGACUUCAUCAGCUUCCUAUUUCCUUCAUCUUUUGCAAUAAUUCUUUUUUACAUCUUUGGUCUGGAGCAGUUUAUUGGGAGCGGAUGUUUAUUGUCGACAGUAAUCAUGUUUUUAGCGUAUGGAUUAGCGAUUGCAUCAACAACAUAUUGCCUUACAUUUUUCUUUUCUGACCACAGUAUGGCUCAGAAUGUGGUUCUCUUGGUCCACUUUUUCACGGGACUGAUUCUUAUGGUUAUCUCAUUCAUUAUGGGGCUUAUAAAGACAACAUCAAGUGCAAAUUCUUUUCUCAAGAACUUUUUCAGAUUAUCUCCGGGGUUUUGCUUUGCUGAUGGACUCGCUUCACUGGCUCUUCUACGGCAAGAUAUGAAAAAUAAAUCUAGCAAUGAGGCCUUUGAUUGGAAUGUUACUGGUGGCUCAAUUUGCUAUCUUGGUAUUGAGAGCAUUUGCUACUUCCUUUUGACACUUGGGCUUGAACAUUUGCCUUAUAACAAAUUGACACUAGCCACGCUGAAGGAAUGGUGGAAGAGUACUAAAAGUACCCGUCAAGGCAGUUCGAGUUAUCUAGAACCCCUUCUGAAAUCUUCCUCAGAAGUUAUCACUCAUGACCUUGAUGAAGACAUAGAUGUGAAGACGGAAAGAACUAGGGUACUUUCAGGUUCCAUUGACAAUGCCAUAAUCUACUUGCAGAAUCUUUGGAAGGUGUAUCCUGGAGGAAAGCUUCAUGGUCCAAAAAUAGCAGUAAAUUCAUUGACUUUUUCAGUUCAAGAAGGAGAAUGUUUUGGUUUCUUAGGAACAAAUGGAGCUGGAAAGACCACAACUCUGUCAAUGCUGACUGGAGAGGAAUCUCCAACUGAUGGGACUGCUUGUAUAUUUGGCAAGGAUAUAUGCUCUAAUCCCAAGGCUGCUCGUCGACAUAUUGGGUUUUGCCCACAGUUCGAUGCUUUGUUAGAAUUUUUAACUGUUCAAGAGCAUCUUGAGCUUUAUGCCACAAUAAAGGGAGUACCAGAUUACCAGAUAGAUGAUGUUGUAAUGGAAAAGUUAGUGGAGUUUGACUUGUUAAAGCAUGCCAACAAACCAUCAUUUUCCCUCAGUGGGGGAAACAAGCGUAAAUUAUCUGUUGCAAUUGCGAUGAUCGGAGAUCCUCCUAUAGUCAUUCUAGAUGAGCCAUCAACUGGUAUGGAUCCAAUUGCCAAAAGAUUCAUGUGGGAAGUGAUAUCUCGUCUCUCAACCAGACGAGGAAAGACAGCAGUAAUACUUACUACUCAUAGUAUGAAUGAAGCUCAAGCUCUUUGCACCCGUAUGGGAAUAAUGGUUGGAGGCCGAUUAAGAUGCAUUGGUAGUCCCCAGCAUUUGAAAACACGAUUUGGAAAUCAUCUUGAGCUAGAGGUUAAACCUUUUGAAGUCAGCUCUGGGGACUUGGAAAAUCUUUGCCGAGUUAUUCAAGAAAGGCUUUCAUAUGUUCCUUCUCAUCCUAGGAGCUUACUUGAUGGCUUCGAAGUUUGCAUUGGGGCCACUGACUCCAUUGUGGCUGAAAAUGCAUCAGUGGCAGAGAUUAGCUUGUCACGGGAAAUGAUAAUCAUUAUUGGACGAUGGCUUGGCAAUGAAGAAAGAAUAAAGUCGCUUAUAUCUUCAGUGCCACUUUCUGAUGGCGUGAUUGGUGAACAGUUAGCUGAGCAGUUGGUUCGAGAUGGCGGAAUACCUUUGCCAAUAUUUUCUGAGUGGUGGUUGUCCAAUGAAAAGUUUUCAGCAAUUGAUUCAUUUGUCUUCUCAUCAUUUCCCGGUGCAAUAUUCCAAGGCUUCAAUGGCCUGAGUGCUAAAUAUCAGUUGCCAUACGGACAGGGCCUCUCACUUGCAGAUGUCUUUGGACACCUCGAACGGAACAGAUAUAAACUUGGAAUUGCAGAAUACAGUAUUAGCCAGUCCACUUUGGAAACCAUAUUCAACCAUUUUGCAGCAAACUCAUGAGAAUCAUCAUCUACUGAGACAAAUCUAAUUUAAAUAGUUUUACAUGACUCAUCAAAUCAUCACCCGGCACAAGCGGCUCUCUUGUUUUAAAGUUGAGACCGCCAUACGAGGCUCUAUGUAGAUAUUAGAGACGGCAUAUUGUACAUAAGUUAACUUUGGGGAAAUGUAGUCUGUUAAAAAAAUUAUGAGUCUACAAUCGUACCUGUCAUCAAUCAUACGGGUCUAGGAGGGUCUUGCAGCCAGCAUCCUGUCUAAGCUUGGCGAGAUGACAUUGUUCCAGAAGUGCAUUUGAAAAAUCAUAUUGAUGUGAACGUAGAAGAUAUGGAGUUCCCUUUAUU